CGAGCUGCCAGUGGAGAGCUGAAAACUUUUUCGCACUAUUCAGAUUGUUAUAUUUUUACUGUGUUUUUUUUUUAUACUUUUUUUAUUGUAUUGAUUAAAAAAAUAUGGCCGAGACCUUCCGUCUGUUGAAACGCUCUACUCUCAAUCCGGGUGCCCAAGUUUUUAAGCCACGUGGCGUCGGCGUAGCUUUUGAUACCAACAAUUUGCCGCAUCAAACUCAAGAGCAGCUAAAUUAUGGUACUCAGGCUUUUGGUAAUUGGCAAGUGGUGCAGGAGCUGCUGCCGCCGCCGCCGCCGCCGCCGCAGCAGCAGCAGCAGCAGCCAUGCGCUUUGCAUGGCAAUGGCAAUUGGCUUCAAGUUGGUCCGCGGCCAUCGCAGCCGCUGUUACCAGUGGUGCAGCCGAAUCAGCUGAAUUAUGUUGUGCCAGGCGACAACAAUUGGCAACAGCAGCAGCAGCCGCCGCUGCCGCCAGUGCAGCCACCGCAGCUUCAAUAUAUUGUGCACCGUCCCAACAAUUGGCUGCAGAUUGCUCCGCAUCAGCAAGUGCAGUACGUUGUGAAUGCCGGCAGGAAUUGGUCGCCGCAGUCGCAGCAGCAGCAGCCGCAGGAGCAGAAUCAACAGCAGCCCAAGCAAUUUGCUCGGGUUGCUUAUAGCAGUUGGGCGCAAGCAGCUGAAGCGCAGCUAUUGAACGAACAACAUUGCACUAGCGAUGGCAACGGCGAUAACAACAAUAAUUGUCAAGAAUUUCAGGAGGAGCUGCAGGAGCAGCCACUGGAGGAGCAGCAGGAGAAGGUGGAGGAGGAGUGGCAGAAGGAUCCGCCGUUCAAGAUGCCUAUCGGAUGCAGCUGGCAGCAAAUUGUUCAGGAGGAGGAGGACCAAAUACAACAACAGGAGGAGCUAAAGAAACAGCGGCAGAAACCGGAGCAACUGCAGCUCCAAGACAACAACCAAGUGCAGCCAAUUGCUGAAGAGCAGUUGCAGGAGCAGCAGCAGCAGUUGAAGGAGCCGCAGUUACAGCAGCAGCAGUUGCAGCAGCAGCCAUUGCAACAGCAGCAACAGCAUUUGCAGCAGCAGCAGUUGCAGGAGCAGCAGUUGCAGCAGCAGCCAUUGCAACAGCAGCAACAGCAUUUGCAGCAGCAGCAGCAGCAAUAUCAGUACCAGCAUCAGCAACAUCAUCAGCAGCAGCUGCAGCAACAACAGCAGUUACAGGAGGAACCGCAACAGCACUCCAACGUCUACUCAACCUUAUGUACUCGUUCGGCCCAUUCCACAAUAUCCGAAACAGCUGCAACAGUCGGCGUCCACAUUGCCGCCGACACAGUCGAAAGUGCAGCUGAAGCGCGAUCAGAGGACUGA